AUGGCGACCACACUCCCACUAGCCGAAGGUCACUUCCUCCCCCGCCUGGUCUCCGUCUUCUUUGCGAUCUUCCACCCGACCGACGGUCCCAAAGUGUUGUAUCAAGUGCCAGAGGGAAGCAUCACGGAGGAAGAAGAGAACGGAGACUCUGUCGCCGCUGGAGAUGAUGAGCUUGGGCCGUUGAACCAUACCCUUCCCCCAAGUCGUGUCCUCUCCUUUCCGAACGAAAGUCAGCUUCAAGAUGCGAGUACAGCAGCUUUGGACAGCAUAAUCACGAGAAGCGCUCGAUCUACAUCACGCGAUGUUCGAUCCAGAUCAUCCUCCCGACCCCCUUUCAAGGCUGACCAGCAGCCGAAGCCUCAAGAAAAAUCUAAACCGCUCUUCAACUUCAGCGCUUUGUCCGACUAUCUCAUUCCGAAGGCGCCGCUGUGCGGUCGCCUCGUGACUUGCACUACCUGCGGCCUACCGAGAGAUGAUGCUGAGCGUGACUGGUCGCCUGAAGGGCAACUGCCGAAGGCACCAUCGCAGGGCUAUAAGAUUUUAGGUCACCCCAUGGUGAUCAAAUCGUCCAAGUACGCCAGAAAUAUGCUCGUCUAUAAUCUUUGCUUUGUCUUCGAUAGCAAUGCGGACGUUCGCGCUUAUGAGCCUAUCGUCCGCAAAUGCGCACGUGUCUUGCGUGACUUGGAGUUGAAUUCGUCGUUCUUGUCAGAUCCAAAGUCCCUCCAGCGUAUGUACGGGAUCACCGAGCAAUUAUUCCAAGAUCUCAAUUCAUAUUGCGAGUCAUUCGUUACCCUACCCGUCCUACCUCACACGCUCUACGGAAAGAGAGACCCGUCGGGAGUCCGAGCUGCUCCGGACAUGGGACGCACUGGCUCUGUACCACAGCAAGCCAGUCUUCAUGGGUCGCGUGGAGGCUCAAUGGACGAAGGAGGCACAAGUGGUACCUUCAGUCCUGUCGACCAACGAGGCUUAAGUGCAAGCAUUGCCAGUCUCAUCCGCAGCGGUUCCAAUUCAGCUGCUCUAAAGACUAAUUCAACGUCUCGCAAAGGCUCCUCAGAUUUUGGAUCUGACCAACAAGACCCGCUUUCAUCACGGAGUAGCGAGCGUAAUGCCAUGAGCGGGGCAAAUAGCGACACGAGCCGAUCUCGCGCGGGGUCAUUGGCAAGCAUUACCGGCUACGGUUCUAGCAGCAACGCAGGAAGUGCUGUCAUCCCAUUUUCAAUUCCAGCAAUGGCUCUCACACCAAUUUUGGAGCCGGCACCUCGGUCGAACCAGCGUGAAAGCUACCUUGACGACGCCGCCAUCUCACCCACCGCACCUGUAGAUGGCCAGCAGCUCGGUGAUGGUGGUUUGGCUUCUGGGAGUAAGAAAGACAGUCGGCCAGCAAUCUCGCGUGAUGCUACCGUGAAGGCAGUAUCUGAUACGACCAUGGCGGUGCGAAAGUCAUCCUUGGAACAUUCAAGUUCCUCCUUGGGUGGCGCUGUAGGUGCAACAAAACUCAGCGGUGAUAGCACAUUGGCUGGAAAUCCCAAAAGGAACCUCAGCGCAUCUGCUGCGAGCCUUCUCGAAGCGACCGAAGCUGCGUCCGCAACAUCCUCUUCUCCUAUAUCAGAGGCCGGAAAUGACUCUCCCAGCGCUGCUCAUAUGCGCCGCAGUGGCUGCGCGACCAACGCCAGCAAGCACGGGUCGAUUGACACGAUGGGUGGAGAGUCGGGGGAGAAUGAUGCCCUGUACGACAGCAUCAUGACGCUUCGGAACAUGGCGACUGCGAACGCGGCAGGCGCGGACGUUUCGGCAGGCGCAGCGGAUGGUAUUUCUCUCCCUGGCAAAAGAGAGCCUCCUCAUGGUCUAGGGCGAACAGUGCGAGACGCGAUUAAUCUCAAACUAUUUCCCACUUAUCCUAAUCCUCCCACAGCAAAGGAUUGGGAUGUACCAGUUGGAUUGUUAGAUCUCGAGAGUCGGAUUGACAAUGCUUGGGAUUUGACCAUGGCAAAAAUUGUUCCUUUCGUUGAUGGCAUCAAUCAUGUCAAAAGGAUUGCCCAGCUAGCGGAUGCGGACAUCGGGCUCACUCGCCAAUGCAUGGAACAUCUUCUCUACUACGGAUGCAUUAUCAUGAUUGACCUUUUUCAAUUCUCGAACAUGUACACAGUUCGACCUGUCAUUGCUCGAAUCGCGGACGGAGAAGGCAUCAGUCGCGAGUGUGCAGCCUAUGUUACACGCCCAGGUUUUCAGAUGCCACACUAUCCGACCUUGUUGCAGCUCUAUUCCACCUUCCGCCCAGGCAAGACAGUGAGCGACUGGAUCGAGGAGCAGGAUGUCGACUCGCUGGGCAUCGACCCGCGCCGCCUGGUCACCUUUGGUGUCAUCAAGGGAUUUUUGCGUCGGGUGCACCGUUGGCCAAUCUUCCUCGAGCCGCCAUUCGCCCCUCAAGACAAUAACACAAGCGUGCGGCAAGAUGUGAGACAUGCAGCAUCCGAACAUGGUACAUGGAUUCCACGGCAAGAAGACUCGGCGAACGGUGCCCUUAGCAAAGGGGUUGGGGUCCGCCAUGAGGAAGAUUCCGGCGAACGACCAACAAGAUGUGCAAGUAUGUCAAGAGAAAGAGGAGGCGACUCUAAAGUUCCUCUGUCUGCCCCUUGCGGAUCUUCGCCGGUCAGACGGCACCACGGGCGCUACCGCGCUCCUCAUGGGCGCCACCGCCGGCCUAUGAAACGAAAUACAACUGCGACCGUCCUGGACGUCGCGGCCGUAGCUUUGGGCGCCACGCGAGGGGAAGAAGAGGACAGGGUUGAAGAUAGUCCGUGGCUUGACCGUGCGUCUUCAAAUUUCCAGCGUAACAGCGCCUGGAAUUUGACGGAAAGCUCUGGCUUUUCUCGGGCUACUCUCCGUAAGCAACCUAGUACAGCCAGCUUGGGCAUUGGGCAGAGUAGCACAUACCGCGCCAGUGUCGGAGGUGCUAGUGGUGCAGGCGCUGGAUGUGCUAGCGGCUUCACACGGCUAUCAGAAGAGUACCGAGCUCAGCAUCAACUUCCGCUACCUGACGAACUCUUAGCAUUGCUGGAUGGCUUGCACCACGAAGACAACAUCUGUGUCCGCUUCGGUGUGGGCUGGGCCGACCUAGACACGUGGCUGCAGCGACUUGGUGGUGCUUCGAGACCACAGGCUAUGCCGUUCGCGGCUGGGCAAUGCGCAGGGGAUGAUCGCUGGGAUGAUGAGACGCCGAUGAUGUCCGGAAUUAUCAGGCCAGGCCAAGGGUCAAUUCAAUAUGCGUCCUUUCGCAGGACGAGCUCGAGAGAAAUGCGCUCUCGUGUGGAAACGGGAUCGCGGGAACGGGAGAGCAAAGGAGUGCAUGGUGUUGCGUCAACCUGGGUCGAUGCACAAGAUCAGCAAGAUAAGCGAACAAGCUCCCGCUUAAGAGAUCCCAGUGACUAUGGUGCAAUCAAAGUGAUUCUUAAGUGAAGGUUUUGCACAACAGCGCAGACCAUUGUAGCAUAUAGUAUACCUGCACGACCGUUGAGUGGCCGUGUGAAGUGUCGGGACCUUAGAAGUCAGUUGAAUGGAUGGCCUUGGCCAUUCUAGGCGGGAC